AUGCCACUCACAAAUAUAUUUCUAUACAAUGUUGGUGUUCGUGUUGAAACUGAAAAUCCAAUAACUGGAAAAAGAAAAUACUGCUGUCAUGCAUAUUUGACAUUUGUGGCUUUAAAUCCUGGUGAUAAAACUGCUUUAGGAAGAUUUAGAUAUAAUAAUUCUCCAGCAAAAGUUUCUCAGCUAGUUCCAAGUACAACAAUUGAAAUGGCACGAUAUGAACUUGCUGAAACCCGUCGACAAUCUCGUAUAUCACAAUCUAAAAAUAUGGAUGAAAAAGGUCGCAUUGAAAAAACAAAAUUGGCGGAAUUAAGAGAACUUAUGCGAGAAUGGUCAAAGAAUAAAAAUACAGAAAUGAUGAGUGAUGCUGAAAUUCCACCAUUAUUACCAGAUCUUGAUAAUGAUAACGAAGCUAAAGGAAAAGAUCCGGCGAAAUUAUUAUUAAGACGAAGGUCAACACUUCAAGGUACCUUACCAUUACAACCAGAUGAUAAACUCACAUUAGAAAGUUUUGCUGAAAUAGUAGAGACUGUUAUGCCUCAAAAUGCCAACACAUUACAGAUCACAUUUGGAGGUCAAAUUAUGAAAUGGAUGGAACAAUGUAGUAUUGUUAGUGCUUCAAGACAUUCCAGAAGAUUUUUAUUAUUGGCAAGGUUUUAUUAA